AUGCUGACAACAGACGUUGAAGUAAAUGUACAAGAUUUCAAAAUUAUCAAAUAUAAUAAAAAAUUAGAUGAACUAGCGAAAAAUGAUUUAGAUUUAUGUGUUAUUGAGUUUGAUCUCACAAAGACGAUGUUACGUUGGGAUGAUCUACAUCCAAAUCCUGAUGGUGUUGAACAUUUAACAAAAAUAUUAAAAGAACAGACAUUGAAUGAGCGAAAAGAAGAAAAUAAUCAAGUAUGA